UUCCGGCCGGAGAGCCUGGGGUCCCUCCUGCGAGAAGGAGCUUGGCGAACGGUUUGCAGAGUGCCGAGGUUACGUCCCGUCCAGCUUGGACCCAGGUCUAGCCAAUGACCUCUGGGUCUUGGGAAUGCGAUUGAGCACCUAUAGACGGCUCUUGGACAAGAUGGGUGCAUUACUGGAUCUAAGGAAAGACUGAAGGUCGCCCGCCAGGCUGGUGGCCACCACGCCACGCCGUCGCCACGUGCCCGCGAGCCCUCACGAGCGACCCUAACCCGACAGGCAGCAGAUGCGGCUGCGACGAGCCCGUGAGAUCGGCAGGAUGGGAAGCAGUGUAUCAUCAUCUUUGGGGAAGUCUGCAGCUACUCCUGUGAAUCAAAUCCAAGAAACGAUUUCUAAUAAUUGUGUGGUGAUUUUCUCAAAAACAUCUUGUUCUUACUGUACAAUGGCAAAAAACCUUUUCCAUGACAUGAAUGUUAACUAUGAAGUGGUGGAAUUGGACAUGCUUGAAUAUGGAAGCCAGUUUCAAGAUGCUCUUUACAAAAUGACUGGUGAAAGAACCGUGCCAAGAAUAUUUAUCAAUGGAACUUUUAUUGGAGGUGCAACUGACACUCAUAAGCUUCACAAAGAAGGGAAAUUGCUUCCACUAAUUCAUCAGUGUUAUUUUAAAAAAAGUAAGAGGAAAGAAUUUUAGUACCAAGGUGCUCAUAACUUUGCUGGUAAAAUGUCGGUUAUUUGAAGUUACAAUGCAUUUUAAACAUUUGAGGAUGUUUUAAACAUAAAUCAUCUUCAUGAAAAACUUGAAAAAUAUUGGAACAAUAAAUCAUUGUGGAAACCUCA